AUGCAGGCUCGCAUCGAUGCCGAUUUUAAGUCUGUAGACUUAGCAGUAGGAGGUCCGAGUACUGCAUUCGCUUUCUGCAACACGCACAAGCUAGAAAAGUGCAAGCAGUGCAAUGUAGACUUUACUGCUCUCAAUCGUGUUUCGAAGAUUCUUGUUACGAACCCUACCUUGCGCUGUCCACCUCCUCCAACCGUUGUGCAGCAAAAACUCUCGCAGGCAGUGGCAAAUAUGAAGGAUGAGGGCAAUAACCUAUACAAACUCAAGAAGACUAGAGAAGCGCUCUCAAAGUACAAUAUGGCAGCGAGCAUAGCCGUGCAGAGACCAGCUUGGGAAAGUGCCGCAAUACUACGAGAAGAGCUCUCGACUGUGGUGUCCAACCGCUCAGCGGCUCUUCUUGACCUCGGUGACUACCUCGGCGCACUUGUUGACGCCGAGACCGUCAUUUCCGUCCGGAGACAAUGGCCGAAAGGUCAUUUCAGAAAAGCAAAAGCACUCGUCGCGCUGGGCCGCAUAGAAGAAGCUAAAGAUGCCAUCUCUCUUGGCCUUCAGUUUGAGCCUAAUAACACUGUAAGCCACUCCCAUGCCCAGGUUGACCUGUGUCUCACAUCUUGCUUCAGGAGCUCAGCGGAUACAUGCUUGAGUUAGACAAGCAAUUGACAUCGCGUAACCAGCAAAAUACAGAAGAAAAGUCGGUGCCUGUCACCUCGUAGUCUACAUACAGACUGUAUCCAUAUACCCGUGGAUCAUUAUUACCCAUACAUGAAAGCUCGAUGCAUAAAUUACAGUUAGGCCAUAUUCCUCCCUAUGUGGGUCUCCUUCGGAUCUUAUCUUUCAGUGGCUCUAGAAGUCGCUCAGUCUCUAUACACUCUUCUGGGAGCUUGAACACCCGCAAAACGAUGUCAGGCCUCAUCAUUAAUUUCGCUUUGUUUACGCGGUUCUGCAGCUCGAGA